AUGACAGUUUGUGAGGAAGACAUUGAUGCUGUUCGUGACUUGAUUGAAAAUGAUAGACGAAUAACCACUGAAUCGGAAGCAGAGACGCUUAACAUCUCUGUGGGUUCUGCACACAUAGUUCUUGUGGAGAGUUUGGGACUAAGCAAGCUUUCCGCUAGAUGGGGCCAUGGGCUGAUGCGCUCAGAUCAGCAGCAAACGAGGGCAGAUCUUUCAGUGGAAAUUUUGAACAAGUGGGAUGGGGACUCUGGAGUUUUUUUGCCAAGAAUUGUGACAGGGGUUGAAACAUGGCUCUACCUGUACGAUCCCGAGGACAAAAUUCAAUCAAAGUAG